GACACAGCAGUGUCUAGGGCGUCUCCGUCAACGACAGCAGCCUGUUAUCUCCCCUCUCCUGUUCCAGUUAAACGCCGCUUAGUGAAGCCCCCCCCCCCGGCCGUCUGCUGUGAACAUGGCCCGGACAGCUUCGCUUGUUGUCCUGUUUUCAGUCGCGCUGCCCGCUGCGUUGGCCGGUGUGUUUUUUAACCAGAAGCAACCCUGUUAUGUCCGCUCACCGAGGAGAAACGACUUUGGAGUGAAGACUGCUCCACAGCCUCAUGAGUAUUUAAACAUUUCUGAUCUGCCCAAGUCAUGGGACUGGAGGAACAUCAACGGCACCAACUAUGUGAGCACAACCCGCAACCAGCACAUCCCCCAGUACUGUGGCUCCUGCUGGGCCCACGGCAGCACCAGCGCCAUGGCAGACCGCAUCAACAUUAAGCGGAAAGGAGCGUGGCCUUCUGCCUAUCUCUCUGUCCAGCAUGUGAUCGACUGUGGUGAUGCGGGCAGUUGCCAUGGAGGUGAUCACAGUGGAGUUUGGGAGUACGCUAACACUCAUGGGAUCCCAGAUGAGACCUGCAAUAACUACCAGGCUAAAGACCAGAAGUGCAAACCCUUCAAUGAAUGUGGCACAUGCACCACCUUUGGAGUGUGCAAUAUUGUAAAGAACUACACCCUGUGGAAAGUGGGAGAUUUUGGAGACGUCAGCGGGAGGGAGAAGAUGAUGGCAGAGAUCUACGCGAGAGGACCGAUCAGCUGUGGGAUCAUGGCCACAGAGAAGCUGGAUGCCUACAGUGGAGGUCUCUACUCUGAGUAUCAGGACAGUGCUUUCAUCAACCACAUCGUGUCUGUGGCAGGGUGGGGAGUGGAGGACGGCGUGGAAUACUGGAUUGUACGCAACUCCUGGGGAGAGCCAUGGGGUGAGAAGGGCUGGCUCAGGAUCGUGACCAGUGCCUACAAGGGAGGAAGUGGCAGCAAAUACAACCUGGCGUUGGAGGAGGACUGCAUGUACGGAGACCCAAUUGUCCCCAAGGCCUACCUGUAGAGGACGCCACCACCCACUGCACGCUCUUAUGUCUUCCUGUCCGGGGUAGAGGGAAACGUUUUAUAUGCAAAAUGGUGAAAAGGGAUUAAGCUCAAUUUUUUUUCUUUUGUAAAGAUCUUUGCAAUUAUGUUUUACAUUUGUAACCAGGGGUGCCAAGGCCCUCCAGCUGGACAUCAGACCUGCUCGAAUCAGUGCAGGUUUUCUGAUUUUUACCACAGUAAGGUCUGCAGGCUGUUUUAACAGCCUGAAACGUAACAAUUGAGUGAGAGGAGUGAAACACAUGAAUACAGCCAAUUUCUGUGGCAAAGCAAAAUUCAAGCACUGCACCCCGAAUAGCCAAAUUCUUCAGUUCACAUAAUCAAGAGGACACAGACGGCUUUUCACAUUUUGGAUUUUCUAAUGCAUACUGACUCAGCCAAAGAACACAGUAAUUUGUCCUGCACUUCUCCGACACUGAAUGUUUUCAGUGUGUGGUGUUAUUGUAUUGAUGAUAUUGCACUACACCCUGAUACAGGAUUUGUACACAUAAACUGAAAAAAGUCUAAUUUAAGUGUGCCUUACAUGAACUUGCAGUCAAGUAAAGAUUUAUGUAAUUUGCUGCUUUUCACACUGAAUCUACACAUCAGAAAUCGAAACCUUGGUUUUGUUUCAAACCUUGCUAAUAAACACUUAAAAGUGAUGCUCCACACAAAAUCUGUCCUUUGAGUAUCAAUCACCGUCGCC